AUGGAAGUAUAUGAAGAGGUCAACGAAGAUUACGAUGAAGCUGAGGAAACUAUACACAGUACACAAGAGUCUCAACACGAAGAGGAACCAUUUGAUGAGCUUAUUCGAAAUUGGGCAUUAAAAACAUACCAAACACAUCAAGCGCUAAAUGGACUAUUAGAAAUUUUACGUAAAAAAACGGACUACCAACUGCCGAAAGAUGCUCGCACGUUGCUUAAGACAAGGCAAUGUGGAAAAGAAACGUACCCUAUAGCAGGGGGAGAAUUUUGGUUCCCUGGGGUACGAUCGGUUCUCAAGGAUCACUUUCGCGAUGUACCACCAAGAGUCAGCAAAUUUUCGUUGAACUUUUCGAUUGAUGGACUUCCACUGCACAAGAGCACUCGAAAACAGUUUUGGCCCAUAUUAAUGAGCAUUCAAGAAAUGCCGGAAGUUCCAGUAUUGAUGGUUGGCAACUUUUUUGGUGAAUCGAAACCAAAGAGUGUUGAGGAAUAUCUGCGUCCGCUAGUCGACGAGCUAAAUGGGUUGAUGGAUAAUGGCAUUGUAAUAGCCAAUAAGCCAAUCGAAAUACACGUAAGAGCUUUCAUCGCGGACUCACCAGCACGAGCAUUCAUAAAAGGUUCAGUUUACUUCAACCACACACAUGGUUGCCAAAAAUGUACGGUGCAAGGAAAAUAUCACAGCGCACACCGAGUUACAUGUUUCCCGGGAAUGGAUCAUCCAGCAAGAACGCAUGAAGAUUUCGUCCAAUCAAAUUACGGAGCACAUCAUCGGGAAAAAACGCCUCUCAUGGAUCUUAAGAACUUUGACAUCAUAAAGCAGAUUAUUAUAGCAGAUCGUUUGCACCUCUUUGACUACGGCGUAACAAGAACAAUGCUGAAAGGAUGGAAAUCAGGCAAAUUAGGAGGGGGUGCCAAGUGGUCUGAAGACACAAUAAGCAAGAUUGAUGCUUUGCUGAAGGAGGUGGAACUUCCUUUAGAGUUUCAUCGCAAACUCCGUUCUGUUGAAGACAUUGGAUUGUGGAAAGCUAGUGAGUUCCAAAUGUUUCUACAUUACGCGAGUUUUAUCGUUUUGAAGGAUGUAUUAACAGAUGUACAGUAUGACCAUUUUAUGAAAUAUUACUGUGCGGUAACAUUGUUAUCAUCCGAAGUGUAUAAGAAUGAUUGGCUUGAGGCGAAAUGCUUGCUAAAAGAGUUCGUUUUAGACUAUGGUGUUAUCUACGGGGAACAUUGCAUCACCAGCAAUAUACAUAGUUUGUUGCAUGUGUAUGAUGAUGUAGACAAAUUCGGCCCGCUUUACACCAUUUCAUCUUAUCCCUUUGAAAGUAAGCUCCAGCAUGUUAAGAACUGUCUUCGAAACGGUCAUAAGGUUUUGGUGCAGGCUGCAAAUAGGAUAUCGGAGCAAAAACCAAGUACUGCGUCAUCAAAUAGAACAAAUCUCUCUUUUCCAUUUUUGAAAACCAAAACUAAUGGAGUAGCAUUGCACAUAAAUCCACAAUUAACUCUUUCUCCUGGUUUCCAGUCCAAUUGGUUUUUGACUCAUGAUAACUACAUAGUUAAAUAUUGUAGCGCAGAACAAAAAGAUUCAACUAUAAUAAUUAAUGGAAGAGCAUUCAAUUAUAUAACGGAAACCCGCUCGUACUAUAUUUCACCUUUUAUGAAGGAUAUAUAUGAAGAAGAUUCAUGUAACCUUCGUACCGAUGAAAUGGUAUUUUUACCCAGGGAUAUAAAGUGUAAAUUAGUAGCUAUUAAAACAGGUAAUAGCAGUUUAGUGUUUGUUCCAUUUCUUAGAACAUUAACUAAUUAGAGGUAAAAUGUAAUUUAAACUAUUUUUUAGAAAUAAAAUCGAGCAUAUGUAUUUGAUUGGAAGUUAAAGUUCGUGUUUUAUUUUCGGCCUUUUUUAUUCACAUGUUAAUACUAUGUACUAACGAUGUUCAUUUUAUCACUGUCUUAGAAUCAUAAAUAUUUGAAAAUCGAUAUGUUUAUGUUGCAUGAAACAAAAUAGAAAAAAAGGUUUUGGUAAACGUUUCAUUACAUAUAAUUAUCACAACCUGAGUUAUCACAUAAAUAUUCCUUCUUGUAGUUCUAAAAUACGUUUACCCUUAUAUUUCCCGAUCACAGUAUUUUUUUUUAAUUUUCACGUUCGAUAAAACAUAACUAAACAGAAAAACAUUAAAUAAAUAUCAUAGCAUAUUAACAUUUUUCGUUAUUCUAUUCCAAUUUGAUCUCAUUUGGUAAUAAUAAAGUAUAUACACGUGUUUAAAAAAAAGCAAUACAUCUCUCAUCGCCUAGUAUGACAUACACUCUUUCGCUCGUCUUUCAUAUUAAUGCGUUCAUGUGCAUGCUUAAGUUUACGCUUAAAAAAAUCAUGUACAUAAUUCAUGUCCACUUCGAUUCCCAAAUGGUUAGUGGCGACAGCUUUCAUAAGCCGCAAUACAUUAAUGUAUCGUUCGAAAGGAAUUUUUGUUCCAGCCGAACCGUCCCAGCUGCACGUAGCAAAGAAUUUUUUUUCAAAUAAAAUAUUUAUAGCCUGGUGUAGCCUAUUGUUAGCAUCUUGACGGUCGAUCUCAGAAUCAAUUUUGUGUAAAUAAGAAUAGAAAAAAAAUUCAUCAGCUCCUAAUCUUUGUUCAACGUCAUCGAACUCUUGAAGGCUCGAUACAACAGUGAGUUGAAAGGCCUGAUUAUUUCUGCGCGUUCCUUGCAUUGGUUGUACGAUGGAAAGUAUGUCCAUCGUAUAA